AUGGUGUCUGAAAAGGCAACGCGUAUGAAGUCUCGAACGCGUUCGCUUGGAUCGCGGAACGACGCUGACCUUUUUCUCUCUUUCUCCCUUUCUCUUUUGAAACGACUGCGACCAAUGAAACAAUUUUACGAUGCAAACUGUUAUUGUAAAACAGAUUACGCGCAAGACGACAUCGUGUUCAUGAAGGUGAACAAACUGACGUCGACGAAAACGCAACUCCCGUACGAUUACUACACCAUGCCGUAUUGCAAACCGAAUCCGAUCGUGUACUCGGCGGAGAAUUUGGGGGAAGUUUUACGAGGAGAUCGGAUCGAGAAUUCCUUGUAUUCGCUGGAAAUGCGAAACGAUAUGCAGUGUUCGGUGGUGUGCAAGAUAGAUUCUUUAUCCGAGCAACAAACGAAAGACUUUGAGACGAAAAUAGAGGAGGAGUAUCGCGUGAAUAUGAUCUUGGAUAAUUUACCGGUGGCGAUGGUGAAAAUACGAGCGACGGAGGACGGGGAAGGCGAGACCGUGGAGAGGAAGACGUACGAGAGAGGGUAUCCGGUUGGGUUUAAAGCGAGCGUGGAAGAGGGCGGCGAGGAGAAGAGUUUUUUGCACAACCACUUGAGGUUUACGAUUUUGUAUCACAAGGACCAAGAGACGGAUUUGUCGAGAAUCGUCGGGUUCGAGGUGGAACCGUUUUCGGUGAAACACGAAUUCGAGGAGCCAUGGGACGAUGUUUCGCCAACGUUGACGACGUGUAAUCCGGGGAGGAUGCAAUACGUGACGCACGGGUUGGCGCCGCAGAUUGUAGAGGAAGGCUCGGAGGUUAUUUUUUCGUACGACGUUUUGUAUAAACAAAGCGACAUUAGAUGGGCCUCGCGAUGGGACACGUAUUUGUUGAUGGUGGACGACCAAAUUCACUGGUUUUCCAUCAUCAAUUCCAUGAUGAUUGUUUUGUUUUUGAGCGGAAUGGUCGCGUUGAUCAUGCUCAGAACGUUACACAGAGAUAUCUCGAGGUACAAUCAGUUGGAAACGAGCGAAGAGGCUCAAGAAGAGAGCGGGUGGAAGUUGGUGCACGGAGACGUGUUUCGAACGCCCGAGGCGAGUGGGUUGUUAGCGGUGCACGUCGGGACCGGGGUUCAAAUUUUAGCCUGCACGUUUGUCACGUUGGCGUUUGCGAUUCUCGGGUUUUUGUCCCCGGCGAAUAGAGGCGGGUUAGGGACGGCGAUGGUGUUGCUGUUCACGUUUAUGGGUUUUUUGAACGGGUACGUGUCUGGGGUGUUUUAUAAGAUUUUUAAAGGUCCGGAUUGGAAAGGAAACGCCGGAUUGGCGGCGAUGAUGUUCCCGGGGGUGUUGUUCGGCGUCUUCACGUUUCUGAACUUUUUCAUUUGGACGCAAAAGUCCAGCGGCGCCAUUCCGUUUGGCACGUUUUUCAUUCUCGUGUUUUUAUGGUUUGGCAUUUCGAUUCCGUUGGUAUACGCCGGGGCGUGGUUUGCGACGAAGAAAGAAAUCGCGGAGGAUCCAGUCCGAACGAAUAAGAUUCCGAGACAGAUCCCCGAGCAACCGUGGUACAUGAGCGGCGCGGUGAGCAUUUUAACCGGCGGUAUCUUGCCGUUCGGCGCGGUGUUCAUCGAGCUCUUUUUCAUCUUGACGUCCAUUUGGUUGCAACAAUUUUACUACGUCUUCGGGUUCUUGGCGUUGGUGGUGAUUAUUUUGUUAAUAACGUGCGCUGAAAUAACCAUCGUGUUGACGUACUUCCAGUUGUGCAACGAAGAUUACCGAUGGUGGUGGCGUUCGUUUCACUCGAGCGGCUCGAGCGCGUUUUACUUGUUCGCAUACGGGACGGUAUAUUUUUUUACAAAGUUGGAGAUUACGAAAAAAGUACCGACGAUGAUGUACUUUGGAUACAUGGGAGUAGUGUCGUACGGGUUUUACAUUUUGACCGGUUCGAUUGGCUUUUUAGCCUCGUACGCGUUUGUGCGAACGAUUUAUAGCUCGGUGAAGAUCGAUUAA